AUGUACCCUCCGUGGACAAAUACCGAAGACAACUUGCUGAGAAACCUAGUAUAUUAUUAUAACAGAAAUUGGUCUCUUAUCGCAGAAAGGCUCUGCAAAGCUACUAAUAUUACGAGAACUGCAAAACAGUGUAGAGAUCGUUAUGCGAGAAUCUAA